AUGGCUACAGGUGUAUUUAUGGGUAUUGCUUUGCUGCAAAAACCCAUGGAAGAUCUUAUCUUUGAGCUUCGUCCCCAUAGCAUCAUUUCAGACUUGUUCUUUCCAUGGACUGUGGGUGUAGCUGAGCAACUGAAGAUACCUAGACUAAUGUUUUACUCGACAAACGUUAUGUUCCAGUGUGUGGAACAUUGUUUGAAGCUGUAUACCCCUCAUGAGAAGGUAAGUUCAGAUUCGGAAAGUUUCUUGGUUCCAGGUUUGCCUGAUAAGAUUGAAAUGAAAAGAUCUCAACUACCAGACGAUGUGAAAAGCAAACCGGAAGGACCAUACUGGGAUUUGAUGAAGAGAAUUAAAGAAUCAGAACCUCGGAGCUAUGCCAUGAUUCAUGACACUAUCUAUGAUCUAGAGCCUAGUUAUGGUGAGCUUUAUCAGAAAAUCAAAGGUAAAAAACCCUGGCUUAUUGGUCCUUUGUUUCAUUUUUCAAAGAGAGAAGAGGCAAUUAGCAAAUCAAGAAACGCUGCAGUUCAAGAGCGAGACAGCAGCCUAAGUUGGCUUGAUUCUCAAAAACAAAACUCUGUUGUGUACAUUUGUUUUGGAAGUAUGGGAAGGUUUUCUGAUGCUCAGCUCACUGAAAUUGCCUUGGCUCUUGAGGCCUCGGAUUUGUCUUUUCUUUGGGUGGUGAGAAAGGGAGACAAAACCCAGGAAAAUGAGCAAGAAAGCUGGCUGCCAAUUGGCUUUGAACAAAAGAUGCUUACAAACAACAAAGGUUUGAUUGUCAGAGGUUGGGUGCCACAGCUGAAGAUUUUGAACCAUCCAGCGACUGGAGCGUUCAUGACUCACUGUGGCUGGAAUUCCACUUUGGAAUCUCUCACAGCCGGAGUGUCAAUGCUUACAUGGCCCUUGUUCGCAGAGCAGUUCUACAAUGAGAAGCUGGUAGAGCUUCUUGGAUGUGGGAUUGGGGUUGGGGCAGAGGUCUGGCACAUUUCCUUUGACAUCGAGGAUACAAUUGUGAAGAAGGAGAAGAUAGAGGAGAGCAUGAAAAUGUUAAUGAGCACCUCCAAGGAAAGUGAAAAGAUCAGAAGUAGAGCAAAAGACAUCGAAGCAAUGGUUAUGAGGGCUGUAGAAGAAGGUGGCUCGUCUUAUAAUCAUCUAACAGCAGUAAUACAGGAGCUCAAGUGUCAUGCUUUUGGCACAUUGGGAAAGUAA